AUGGCAGCCGCCGACGGGCAAUCCAUUCCGCCCAAUGGCAAUCCAGCGCAGGCCGAAUGUGAUAACGUUAGUGAUAGUGUAGCUGUAGAGAACCUGACGCGGUUCAAAACCGAACUGGUGGAGUUCCUUGGAGAUCUGUACGACCCGGACCAUCCUUGGGAUAUGAUUGUUUUCGAGGGAUACGGACGGGGGUUGGUAGCAACCCGAGAUAUUGCGCCCGAUGAAUUGAUCUUCCUGGAUCGGCCGAUCCUGCUCGGUCCACGUACCAACAAUUACGAUGUGAUAUUUUGUGCUAGCUGUUGUAGAAUACAACAAAAGUUGACACUUUGCAGCGGAGGCUGCCGUUUGCCGAUUUGUUCGAAAUGUGACUCAAGUGGGGCCUCUGAAACUUCCCACAGCGCAGAGUGUAGAAUUAUUAACUCCUGGCAGCCGAAGGACCGGAAGCGUUACUGCAAAUCCAUUCUCUAUGCCCUGACCGCCAUCCGAGCGCUUCUGUUAAAUGCCCGCGAUCGUUCGAUUGUGCUCGGCAUGGAAGGUCAUCCGCCCCGAAAGGAUUUGGUCACCGAAAUCGAGUGGCUCCUAAAGGAGAAGAUCUUUGCAAAUCUCGCGGAAGAUGGUCCACAGGUGGCCUUCCUGCGGCAGGUGGUUAACAUUCUGAACACGAACGCCUUCGAAACCAGCCGCAUCGUAUCGGAUCAGGAAAACAACGACCACGAAAUCGUUCAGCGGGGGCUGUACAUUCUGGGCGCGUUGAUGAACCACCGCUGCCUGCCGAAUACGCGGUACGUGUUCGACGAGCAGCUGGUGAUGCGCUGCUAUGCCUCCAAGCCGAUCCGCCGGGGCGAGCAGAUCUUCAACAACUACUCCCGGACGCUGUGGGGCACCCACCACCGCAUCGUUCAGCUGUGCUUCUCGAAGCACUUUCUGUGCGGCUGCCGGCGCUGCCGCGAUCCGACGGAGCUUGGAACCUACUUGGGUGCGUUGAAAUGUGUACGGGAGCGGUGUACCGGAGGUCGAAUGCUUCCCUCGGAUCCGCUCAAGGUUUCGUCCGUGUGGCAGUGCGAUGCUUGUGGGCUGAAGAUGGACAAUCUGAGGAUUACCAAAAUUCAGGAAAUCGCCGGUCGAAUGGUGCUGAACAAUGCGGUUAAACGGGAUGCGGCCUAUAUUGUGGAUUAUUUGAAGGAUCACGCAGCUCGGUUUCUGUUGCCGUGUAAUCAGUUUACGGUGGAGCUGAAACUGCAAGCGAUUCGGAAGAUUCAACAGGAUGCGUCCCUGGAGCUGCUGUUGGAAAAGGAACAGUUCUGCCGGGAGAUUUUGGCCAUUUUGGCCAAGUUGGACUAUGGUGAGUGCUUUGUUAAGGGAGUUCUCUGCUAUGAACUGUUCAAGGUGAGAAUGGUGCUUGCCGGACGACGGGAAGAACGACAGUCUUUCCCGGAUUCGGCAGCCCUAGCGCAUUUACGGACGGCUUGGACAAUCCUAGGUUUCAGUGGCAACCGGCCACGUGAUUUGGACCAACUAGCACAGUGCUAUGGUUGUAAAAUUUGA